AUGGCGGCGCCCGUCACGACCGACGAGCACCACUCCAUGGCUGAAGAGGGGCGCGCCGUCGCCGUCGAGCCCGACGACGCAGCGACUCGGCACUGGGCAGGUUUGCCGGCGCCUCUCCGGACAGAGGGGAAAGCCGGCGCUGCGCCACCGCCGGCUCCGCUGCCUCCCCGGCCAACAGAGAAGACGCCGGCUCAGGCUGAAAAAGGAGUCAAUGCACCUAGGGAACCAUGUCGCACAGCCAGAGCCCAGGAGAACAUGGAGUUUGGUGCUGGCAUUGCUGCCUUCGGUGUAAGUAUGAUGGUGGCUUGGUACUUCCUCUCUCCAGAUGCCAGAGGCUCACACAACCUGCGUUACAUCAUCCCAAUUCUUCUUUGCUUUUCAUGCUUCACCAGUGGUAUAUGCCUGAUGCUGUUGAGUAUGAACAUCCUUGGACUCCCGGAAAGUGUUGUUGCUGAUGUCCAAGACAUGACCUCCAAAUGCCUCUCUUGGUUGUGUAGCAUAUUACCUGUAGUAACGCUGCUUAGCCCCUUGGUCAUUUCCGGGUAUAAGAUCUACAGGUACGUUGGGCUCACCAUUCUGGUUAUUGUGACAGCACCAAUUGCUUUGCUGCGAUGGUACAUUGGACGCAAGGCUGAGGGACGUGGCAUACAAGCAGCACUCAGUGAGCACAAGGAGCAGUUGGAGGAUGCCUUUAAGUUCAUCUCAGCCAUCAGUAACUCUGCUAGCGCUGGUCUGGUUGCUUUGGUGGUUAAUUACAAUGUCACUGGUGGUUCAGGGUGCAAUAAGGGUGCCAUCCUUGCAGCGAUUUUCUUCAUGUUUACAACUGCCGUCUGGGGCCUUCUCUCAAUGGAAAUCCGGGCAAAGGUACUAGAGAUCAAAAGUACAAGGUUCCGAGGAUUCAUCAUCCAAGCUCUAUGGUUAGCAAUUAUCGUUAUGCUUUUAUCACUGGCCUGUGCGGUUUUCACAGAAGUUUAUGCUAUAGUUGAGUUCUGGAUCUUUGCUGCAUUCACACCUUGUGUUUUUGCAUCUGCCAUCUACCUGUUCCUUGAGAACUGCAUUCACCAAUCUCGUGUGCCUAGAAACAGAACUGCCAAUGUGUCCCAGGAGCUGGAGGUCCAGCUCAACUUGAAGGCUGAAAGGGGGAUCAAAGUCACCAUGUGGUCGUUUAUGGCAAUCAUCGGUAUCUUUGGAGGUUUCCUCCAUGGCCAUGACAAGAUAAAGUCUCUGAAGGCCUGCAUCGUCUUAUUCACGUCGGCGUUUAUGUCUGGCUUAUCUCUAACUUUAUUUACUAUCAGGCCAAACUUAACCAGCACCAGCCUUGCUGCAGCCACCAAGGCACUGGAUUGGACUGCUGUAGCAACUUUUAUUGCUGCAAUAUUUGCCAUUAUCGUUGCAAUGAUUUUGGAAGUACUCUAAGCCUCUCGAGUCUUUUGGAGCAGCAUCAUUCAUUGCAACACAGCCUGCCUGCCGAUCUUUAUGCAGUGACUAACAGAACAAGACAUCAAGCAGUGAAUGUCCCAAUUACCUAUCAGACCAGGGAUUAUCUAAAUGUAAUUUGGAGCAUUUAUUUGCUUCCUUUCUCUAUCUUGAUGAGAGGGGAGCCGAUGUUAGCAUUCUGAUUCUUAAAAUACGGUGAGAUCAGCUCUUGGACCUGGCCAUGGCCAGCUGGGAGCUUGGAACUUGGAAGAUACCUCAUGUGACCUUUCUACAAAUUUUUACCGCAAUGCUUGCCCUCGAAGGAAACACGAAAAUAAGACAGAAAAGAUACAGAUAAGGGGAAAUCUGAUUGCUAAGGGUUAAAGGUUUUUCUUUAUCCAUUGCAAAAUCUAGGCUAUACUGAAAAUUACCCCUGUAAUUCUCACUAGAGUGUGAGCUCCAAGAUCUGAUUUGCAGCAAGUUGUAUUUUUAGUAAAAAAAAUUUGACAUAUGCUACUGUCAAACUGUAUAAGUUUAGUCAUGCUUGGGUUGUUACCCUUUAUCUCA